AUGACUUACCAACUCUACACCAUGGGCAUGGAGGAAAAGUCGACCCAGGAACGAGCGGAACCACAGGAGACGAAUACUCUGACUACACAAUCGGCCCAAGAGACCACUCUGAGCCCUGACGGGGGUUAUGGCUGGGUUUGUGCGACAGCUGCUGCCGUAAUCAACGGCCAUUCUUGGGGCUUCAAUUCAGCCUACGCGGUAUUUCUCGCCUACUAUAUGGACAAUGAGAUUUUCCCCGGGUCGUCGCCUAUGCAGUACGCCUUCGUCGGAGGUCUGAGCUUGACGUAUGGCAUUCGCCCUACUAUGUUUGUCGGAGUAGUGCUAGAAACCGCCAGCCUUGUCAUCGCCAGCUUCGCAACACAGCUAUGGCAUCUAUUCUUAACGCAAGGGCUUCUCUUCGGCGCUGGGGUCGGUCUGUUGUUUAUACCUACAGCUGCCGUUGUGCCUCAAUGGUUUACGACAAAACGAUCACUAGCUAGCGGAAUAUCCCUCUCUGGAGCUGGCCUUGGAGGAGCUGUAUACUCACUGGCUGCGGGUGCUAUGAUUAGUAGCCUUGGCCUCAAUUGGGCGUUUAGAAUCCUGAGCAUAAUUGCUUUCACAGUUAAUUCGAGCUGCAUUUUCCUAAUACGCGACCGGAACACCGCUAUUGGGAUUAAUCAGGGCGCUUUCCACAUCACUCUCUUGAAGCGUGCUGAAUAUCAGCUCCUAAUCGGAUUCGGCAUCUUCACCAUGCUUGGAUAUUUCAUCUUAAUCUUUAGCCUUGCAGACUACUCCAUAAGUAUAGGCCUCAAUUCCUCCCAAAGCUCGCUCAUUGCCGCUUUAUUCAACUUUGGUCAAGCCAUCGGCCGGCCAUUAGUAGGCUAUUUUAGUGAUAGUGCUGGCCGAAUCAACAUCUCAUGCUCGAUGACUCUUCUCGCUGGAAUCCUACCCCUGACCGUGUGGGUGAACGCCAAAGGUUAUUGGGUUCUUCUUUUCUUCUCUAUCAGUGAAGGACUCGUGGCUGGAAGCUUUUGGGCCACGAUCUCACCGCUAAUGACCGAAGUGGUCGGUGUGAUGGGCGGCUCAUCGGGGUUGAACAUGAUGUGGCUCGCAUUGGUGUUACCGUCCACUUUCAGUGCGCCCAUUGCGCUACUGAUAGUCUCAGGAACGAACAGCUACCUAGGAGCUCAGCUGUUGACGGGACUGGCAUAUGUAGCCGCUGCUGUAUGCAUCAUCUUACUUCGCGGAUGGAAAGUUAUCUCGAACGAAGCGACUGCGGUUUCAGAGCACGGCAAUGACAAUGCGCAAAACACCGAGGACACCAUGGGGUCAUGCUUGUGCAGAGAUAUUUCUUUGCAAACGAAAGUGUAUAUUUAUGGAAGAGCUUGCGGGAGAAAAUGUAGAGUGUAG